UUCUUGGUUAAUCACGACUUUAUUGUUAUAAAAUUACCAUUUAUUUAUCCUAUUAUAUAUUUAAAAAACAGCCUGUGGACACUGCACUGAUGUCAUCGCUGUUUCUUUCUUGUGUUUUACUUCAUACCCUGACAUGCUCUAUAUUUGGGCCUUGGAAUUAAAUACAGUUGUUUUGAAUUAGUACACGAGGAGGGGGGGCUUUUAUUCUGAAGAGGUCUGACCGGAAGUGUUAGUUGUUGUUGCCCCAGGCGGAAGUCAUGUCCGUGAAGUUCCCUGUUAGCAGUUAGCACUUAGCUUCCGUAGCUAAAUGUAAAUGCUCCGCUACUCUAACUCCGGCCGGACCUUCCCGCUCCGUGUCGCCAUGAACAGGACGCACAUGAAGCGGUUCAACAUCUUGAAGAUGGCGCUGUGGGGCUCCGGGGGCUCGGAGCCGGGCGGCCAGGAGGAGACCUUCCUGUACCGGUCGCUGAAGAUCGCGUCGGUGGUGGCGCUCUACUGGUUCAUCUCCAUCACGAUGGUGUUCCUCAACAACUACCUGCUGGACGACAAGGACCUGGAGGCGCCGCUGUUCGUCACGUUCUUCCAGUGCCUGGUGUCCGUGGUGCUGUGCGGCUUCAUGCAGCUGCUGGCCAAGCUGUGCCCGUGGCUCAUCGACUUCCCCCCGGUCCGCUUCGACCUGAAGACGUCCCGCGAGGUGCUGCCCCUGUCCGUGGUCUUCAUCAGCAUGAUCACCUUCAACAACCUGUGCCUGAAGAACGUCGGCGUGGCCUUCUACACGGUGGGUCGGUCCCUCACCACGGUGUUCAACGUGAUGCUGUCCUACGUGAUCCUGAAGCAGACCACGUCCCUGCAAGCUGUCAUGUGCUGCGGCAUCAUCCUGGGUGGAUUCUGGCUCGGUGUGGACCAGGAAGGUGUAGCAGGGUCCCUCUCCUGGUCGGGGAUUUUCUUCGGGGUCAUUGCCAGCGCUUGUGUUAGCCUCAAUGCCAUCUACACCAAGAAGGUGAUGCCAGCAGUGGACGGUAACAUCUGGAAACUGUCCUACUACAACAACAUCAACGCCUGCCUCCUCUUCCUGCCGCUCAUGCUCGUCUUCGGAGAGUUCGGUCGUCUCUACAGCUUCAACCGUAUCACUGACAUGGGCUUCUGGGGCAUGAUGAUCUUCGGAGGAGUGUUCGGUUUCGGCAUCGGCUACGUCACGGGUCUCCAGAUCAAGUUCACCAGUCCGCUCACACACAACGUCUCGGGGACAGCGAAAGCCUGUGCGCAGACUGUCAUCGCAGUGGUGUAUUACUCGUCGACCAAAAGCCUGCUGUGGUGGACCAGUAACAUGAUGGUUCUCAGCGGCUCGUCGGCCUACACCAUCGUGAAAAGUCGAGAAAUGAAGGGCAGCCCCCGUAAAGAGCCUCAGGACUCAACCAAAGAAAAACUGCUUCCAGAGGAGAAAGACGGCGUUGGAGUUUGACCACCGGCUGAGAAACGUGUAGCAUUUGUCCGUGUGGUGAAAUAAUGUGAACUGAUGACACAGUAAUAAUGUGAUAUGAUGUGAUACUUUUCCUUCGUGGAAUCAGAGUGGGGUUUGUGGGUCUUAUUUUUUUGUAUGCACCUUAACUCAAGGUGUAAAGGAAUUUGUACAUAUUAUUAAAUUAAAGCUUCAUAUUCAUUUGAGGCCUCUUUUAAAUUCUUUUUUAAUAGAGAAAAAUUAUAAUGUGUCUUUAAUGGUGUAAGCUACGCCAGUUUUUUUAUUCAGCGGGAGGGGAGAAAAUAUUUACUUGGUAUCACGUUUAAAAUAGCUAUUUAAUUCUGAUUGUUAUAUUUUUAAUAGAAGGGAUGUUGAACAUGCAAAUUGCAGUUAAUUAUGAAAAAUAAUGAAACAAUCAUGUCAAUGAUUUGAGCCUUGGGCUAUAAAUCUAUUAGUUAUCGCAAAUAUGAAUAAAGCCAAUGUUUAAUUGCUUGUUUUUUAA